AUGAACAAACUGGCAAACAUGCGUCACUGGUCCGAGAGGAUGAGCCCCAACUUCGGAAUGGGCCGUCCCAAUAUGCCCAUGAACCCCAUGAACCCGAGAAGAGAUACAGCUCCCCAGCAGGCUGCUUCAAUAAGCUCAGCUCAGCCUCUCGAUGCCCCGACGCCCAUCAUCCACUACUCGUUCAAUGUCCCGUUCGCGUCCGACCUCGUCGGCCCAAACACCGAGGACAUCCUGCACGCGACCGCCGACGCUGUCCUCCGAUGGACCCAUCCCGAAGAUGCCCCCGACGAUGUCCAAGUCCACGAGCUACCCGUCCACACUCAGAACCUCGCCAACCUGCGCAAGGUCUGCAAGGACAUUACCAGCGGCCCUUUCCAAAUCGAAGCCCACGUCAUCUCGACGACUCCCAAGAACGCAAAGGGACAACAGGUCACCACCGUGUGUCUCUCGGGUACGCCGGAAAUGGUUCACAAGAGCAGGGAGACCAUCUUGAACGACAACCAGACUGUCCUGCGUUGUACGACGGUCGACGUGGAAGGCCAUCUUGUCUGUGACCUCACUGCUGGCGCCUUGAAGCAGCAAGUCACCGAUACCCUGGACUACAUCUCCAAAUACUGCGGAGUCGACAUUUUUCUCCUGGGCCCGAAGCUGACCCCAAUGGUGGAUGGCAUGUCGGGUGAUGCCGAAAUGCGUGUUGACCAGAGAUGGAGAGUCGCCAUUUAUGGCGACAUUCUGUCCGUCGAACAUGCCAAGGCCCGUGUGCUCAUCCAGAUCGACACUCUUCUCGGCCGAGUCGUUGAUGCCACCAAGCUGGACCUGUCGAUUCACCAGCUCGUCUGCGGCCGUCACAGGAAGAACAUUAAGCUCAUCGAGUCAUCCACCGGGACCGCCAUUUACUUCCCGCCUCCGUUCUCCCAGAUGUACCGUUACUGCCCGGUUGGUGCUAGUCGUCGGGACCCUACGGACAUUUUUAUCACGGGAGAGAGCCCCCAGGCCAUUGAGCUUGCCAAGCAGAAACUCCACGAGACUGUAUCCCGCAUUCGGCUCUAUAUGAAGGAUGUCACCAUUGCACCCGCCAAGAUCGAUAGUAUCCUCCUCACACGUCUGGAUAAGGUACGCAAGAUUUUGGAGGCGAACGGUACUUACAUCUUGUUUCCGUCUCUCGCCAGCCAGCGUAAUAUGGUUCGAGUUCAAGGUAGCGAAGGACUCCACGUGGAGCGCACAGUUCGCGAGAUCAUGGCAUUGGCUGGGCAGUUCUACAGUGCGGCCUGGUGGAUUCAACAGGCCGACGCCCGGCAGCUUCCCAACCCCGCUGACGUUAGAACCAUGCUUGGUGAUGUUUGUGCGAACUCCGACGCAGACCUGUCUUUUGACAAGAUGAAUUUCUCCAUCACUGGAUCUGAUGACGCUGUGAAGUCUGCCCUUAUGGUCAUGUCCGAGAUUAAGUUUCUCGUACAAUCCCAGUACCAGAUUCGCGUCAAGAUUGAACUUGCCAAUGAGCACAAGGAAUUCGUGAGCGGCAAGAAGAACGGCAAGAUCAACAAGAUCAUGGGCCAGAGCAGUGUUCAGAUCAUUUUCGACGGCUUCAACGAGUACAACUUCAACAUUGAUGUCAUGGCCGCGAGCUACGACUCAAUGAAGCAGGGUCUGACGCUUGUUGAACAAGAGAUGCCAGCCUCCAUCUCUUUCCACGUUCCGGAUCAGUACCACAAGCGCAUCAUCGGCAUCGGCGGACAGCACAUCCAGCGCAUCAUGAAGAAGCACUCGGUCUUCGUCAAGUUCUCCAACGCCAUGGACCGCGGCGGUAUGGGUCGUGAAGAUGACGAUGUGAAGGUCGACAACGUCAUUUGCCGCACACCCGCCCGGAAUGCCCAGAAUCUCGAUGCUGUGAAGAACGAGAUUCUGGAGAUGGUCGAUAGAGCAGACUCUGAGUACACUUCUCAGAUUGUGAACGUUGACCGUCUGUACCAUCGCCAGCUGCUUGCACGUCUCAGCGACAUUGACGAGUUGGAGAGCAAGUACAACUGCAAGAUCGUGUUCCCCAGCACCGAACAAGCCAGUGACGAGGUCACCGUCACUGGUCCGCAGUGGCAGGUGCCUCAUUGCGUGGACGAAUUCUUGGGCAUGGUCCCUGACAAUCACGAGCUUGUUUUGACUCGCACUGCCGAGUUGAUCAAGUUCCUUGAGUCGCCUAGCUUUGCCCAUGAUCUUGUGCCCAAGCUCAAGACUCAGUACGAAGUUGAGGUCUCUGUCCACCAGGACGCCGACUCGGAGGAAGGCUUACCCGCCAUUGCUUUGCGCUGGACCUUCACUCGCAACAACGCAGGCGGCCUUCGUGACGCCAUUGACUUCUUGCUUGCUCAGUUCGCCACAGCCGGCGUGGAGGUGACUAUCCUGAAGGGCUCUAUCCCCCGCCCCAAGUCCGACUCUUUUGAGGACUCUCUUCAGUACUUCGACUCGAAGCUUCUUCAGCAUGCCCCGGCUACCAUUGCCGCCGAUUCUCCGACCAAGGCUGCCUUCGAGGGCGAGGUCGCUCGCGAGCGAAGCACCAUUUUCGAUCGCCUUCGUAAGCCUGGCAGCAUGACUUCGAUCUCGUCGUUCCUCGAUCGUCGCAAGAACAGUUCCCACUCGACGAACGGCAAUUUCUUCAAGGGCUCUAGCAAUGUCUCUAAGUCCUCUCUCAUUUCGAUUGAAUCUACCCGCAGUUUCAACGCGGACCGAAACCCCUGGAACGAUAGCGGCGUUAAUCUUCCAGACGAUGACAACCCAUGGGCCCAUCGGCCCCUCGGGAAUGGCUCCGACAAACUGACCAUUCCCCAACCUGGUGACGUUACGCCCCGUCACAGCACUCGUGCGUCCGGCGACAGCGGACGCCCUUCUACGUCUCAUUCUACGAAUUCUGGAUACCCCGGUCCCAUCGGACCUUUCCGUUAG